AUGGCUAAAAUUCCCUUCUUUUUGUUAGGAUUUUGUCUAUUAAGUAAUAGUGCUGGUUUAUUGGACGCAGAAGACAUGAUGAAGUACAAGAACCCUAAAGAAUCAAAUGAUGUUAGGGUUGAGGAUCUUCUUAACAGGAUGACACUCCAGGAGAAAAUCGGUCAAAUGUUACAGAUCGAGCGCAAGUACGCAUCUGAUAAUGUGCUCAAAAACUAUUUCAUAGGGAGUGUUAUGAGUGAGGGAGGGAGUAUUCCAGUUCCAAUGGCUUCUGCUGAAAACUGGAUUGAUAUGUUGAAUGAGUUUCAGAAGGAUGCUUUAUCAACAAGGCUUGGAAUUCCGGUUUUUUAUGGGAUUGAUGCUGUUCAUGGCCACAGCACGGUUUACAACGCAACUAUUUUUCCUCACAAUAUUGGCCUUGGAGCUACCAGGGACCCUGAACUAGUCAAGAGAAUUGGAGCUGCAACUGCACUUGAAGUUAGAGCAACGGGAAUUCAGUAUGCUUAUGCACCUUGUGUAGCAGUCUGUAGAGAUCCAAGAUGGGGUCGGUGUUAUGAAAGCUACAGCGAAGAUCCUAAAGUGGUUCAAGCUAUGACUGAUAUCAUAUCAGGAUUGCAAGGGGACAUUCCUGAUAAUAUUCCAAAUGGUGUUCCUUUUAUUGCUGGAAAGGAAAAGGUUCUAGCUUGUGCUAAACACUACGUUGGUGACGGUGGAACGGUUGAUGGGAUUGAUGAGAGUAACACUGUUAUAGAUCAAAAUGGAUUGAUGGAAAUUCACAUGCCAGGGUACUUGAGCUCCAUUAACAAGGGUGUGGCAACUGUUAUGGUAUCUUACUCAAGUUGGAAUGGUGUAAAAAUGCAUACUCAUCAUGAUCUUAUUACUAGUUUCCUCAAAAAUACUCUCCAUUUCCAGGGCUUUGUCAUUUCAGAUUUUGAGGGUAUUGACAGGAUCACCACUCCGCAUCGUGCAAACUGCACUUCUUCACUUCAAGCAGGAGUUUCCGCCGGCAUUGACAUGUUCAUGGUUCCAAAAUACUACAAGGAAUUCAUUGACGAUCUAACAACAUUGGUGAAAAAUGAAGUCAUUCCUAUGAGUCGAAUUGAUGAUGCUGUGAGAAGAAUUUUGCGCGUUAAAUUCAUGAUGGGAAUUUUCGAGAACCCUUUUGCUGAUUAUAGUUUGGUUAAUUAUCUUGGGACUAAGGAGCAUAGAGAACUUGCUAGAGAAGCUGUAAGGAAAUCCAUGGUUCUUCUUAAAAAUGGCAAAUCUGAUGAAAAGCCUUUGCUACCACUUCCUAAAAAGGUUCCGAAAAUUCUUGUGGCCGGAAGCCAUGCAAAUAAUCUAGGAUAUCAGUGUGGUGGCUGGACCCUUGAAUGGCAAGGAGUCAGUGGCAACGAUAUUCUCGAAGGGACUACAAUUCUCGAUGCUAUAAAGAACACGGUUGAUCCAGAGACGAUAGUGAUCUACGAGGAGAACCCUGAUAUAGAAUUUGUUAAAUCCAAUGGUUUUUCCUACGCUAUAGUCGUAGUAGGAGAGAAACCUUAUGCUGAAAUGCAUGGUGACAACAUGAACUUGACAAUUCCGAACCCUGGUCCUGAGACCAUAACAAAUGUCUGUGGAGCUAUAGAAUGUGCGGUUGUGAUUAUCUCCGGCCGGCCUUUGGUUAUCGAACCAUAUGUUGGUUUGAUGGAUGCAGUUGUUGCUGGUUGGCUACCAGGUAGUGAAGGACAAGGUGUGGCUGAUGUUUUGUUUGGUGAGUAUGGUUUCACAGGAAAGCUUCCAAGAACAUGGUUCAAAAGUGUUGAUCAACUUCCAAUGAAUGUUGGAGAUGCUCAUUAUGAUCCUCUUUUUGCAUUUGGGUUUGGCCUUACUACCGAACCUACUAAUGCUAUUUAUUCUCAGUAG